UAAUAAAAUUUGUAGGAUAAUUUUCACAAUUUCCAAUUGUUUAUAUGUGACGAAAAGUGCGAUAAAACGUGUGUACAUUUAUUUUCAUUGGCAUCUCGAGAGUCCACUCCCUUAAAGUCACAACCAGGAACGCGUUGGCAACACUGACGCCUCACUCCAGAUGGUUUAUAUCUCCAGUGACUAAACUCAUAACAGUUAAUGUGUUUUUAAAACCGGCUUUAUACGCGAAAUGCAAAUUAAAAUUACGGGUAAGAAUAACCCGUUUCGAGAAAAAUUUGUCGAGUGCCUGUUUUGUGUUUUAUCAAUGACUUUUUAUAUUCUUGUUGGUGUUAAUAGAUUCAGCUGAGAUUAUAUUUUAGUACUAGAGACAUUUUUUGAUAAUAAAAAAGAAAAAAUAAAUAAAAAUAGGAACUGAAAACAAUGACGGAGUAUAAGCUCGUUGUCGUAGGAGCUGGUGGUGUUGGGAAAUCAGCACUGACUAUUCAAUUAAUACAAAAUCACUUUGUAGAUGAAUAUGAUCCUACUAUUGAAGACUCAUACAGAAAGCAGGUAGUGAUAGAUGGGGAAACGUGUUUGUUAGAUAUUUUAGACACAGCCGGACAAGAAGAAUACAGUGCAAUGAGAGAUCAGUAUAUGAGAACAGGAGAAGGAUUUUUAUUGGUGUUCGCAGUUAAUUCUGCCAAAAGUUUCGAAGAUAUAGGAACCUAUCGAGAACAAAUAAAAAGGGUAAAGGACGCAGAAGAAGUGCCAAUGGUUUUAGUAGGUAAUAAAUGUGAUCUUCAACAAUCAUGGGCAGUGAACAUGACACAAGCGAGAGAAGUUGCCCGACAAUAUGGGAUUCCGUUCGUCGAAACCUCUGCCAAAACAAGAAUGGGAGUAGAUGACGCAUUUUAUACUUUGGUUAGAGAAAUACGAAAAGACAAGGAACACAGAGGCAAGGAGAAACGAAAACGAAUAAGAGUUGGAAGUUCGGGACGUCGAAGGCCUAAGUGUUGUAUUCUUUAGAAAUAAUCCGACUUUUUAAUCAUCAUUGACCUGUCAUUGAUCUGUCAUUGAGAAAAAAAGAACCAAGAAAAGGGACAGUGUAAAUUUUCUUUUUCAAAAUGGUGUUAAUUUUGUGCGCACAAUUCGUACAGCUUUAUAUCGAAAUGCACAAACUUCUUUUUCGAAUGGUACACACGCCAGGAAAAGGAAUUCAAGAUGAACCAUAAUGAAAAACAUUGUACAAUACAAACAUACGUCUUCACUCAUAGUAUUAACUCUUAUUAAAUGAUGAAAAAGAAAAAAAUGCUUUUAUGACUAAGAGUCAUGAAUGUUAUGUUUAAGAGUCUUAAAAUCGACACCUCAGUGUGAUACAGUCCUAUCUUCUGGUGAUACUUAAAACUGUCCCAUCUCGAGGUGAUGUUUUGUACCGUGCUAUCUCUAAUUUGACAGAUUGUAGUGUGAAUAAAAAAAAUAAAUUACGGCACUUAAAAUAUUGAUUACAUUCAAAACAAUUAUUUUUUUAUAUUUUAAGAGAGACUUUUUAUCAUAACACUGCAGUGUUAUGAUAAAUUUUUUUGUAACCCAUGGGUUACAAAAAAAUAGUCAUAUCGUGUUCAUUCAAAGUUUCCUGUGUUUAUUGAAAGUUUAGGUGUCACUGAAUAAGAAUAUACCAGAAAAACUUUUUUUAAUUCGGUCAUUCCCUUAAAAAACGAGUUUAAAGUCUCAAAAAACCGUAUUUUUAGCACUUUUUGAGGCAGCGUAACAAGAAAACGCAACAUGAUAAAAAUCUCUACAAAAGCUUAAAUAAAAGCUUAAACCUUCAACUUUAAGGCUCAGAACUGAAAAGUACUUAAAUAAGCACUGAAAACCUCCUUAAUUAAGCAGUCGCUACCUGAAAUUGUCAAAAAAAGCUAGAACAGGAAGCAAUUGGUAAAAAUCGAUUUCCCUAAACAAAUUCGGUUGCAACUUGUUACUUGAGGUUUUUUGAGGUUUCUAAUGACAAAUUGGAACUUAGAUUUAAAAAUUUCAAAAUAGCGGACUGAAAAUAAUGAAUUCACUCAAUUUUUCAAAAUUUGCGUUGAUAAUUUUAAAAAAUUGAGUCCGCCAUUUUGACAUUUUUAAAUCUAAGUUCCAAUUCGUCAUUAGAAACCUCAAAAAACCUAAAGUAACAAUUUGCAACCGAAUCCGGUUAGGGUAAUCGAUUUUUACCAAGUGCUACCUAACCCAGCUUUUUUGAUAAUUUCAGAUAGUGACUGCAGGUUUUCAGUGCUUAUUUAAGUACUUUUCAGUUCUGAGCCUUAAAGUUGAAGGUUUAAGCUUUUAUUUAAGCUUUUGUAGAGAUUUUUAUCAUGUUGCGUUUUCUUGUUACGCUGCCUCAAAAAGUGCUAAAAAUACGGUUUUUUGAGACUUUAAACUCGUUUUUUAAGGGAAUGACCGAAUGAAGAUAGGACUGUUGUAAAUAUUACCAGAAGGUAGGACUGUAUUACACUAAAGUAUCGAAAUGUGUUUUAUAUUCGUAGUAAUCGACGACAGUGAAUGUGACUUAACCCUUGAUCAAAAUAGGAAUAAUUUAGUCUGCUGCGAACAGUGAUAAUUUUAAGCCACAGCUUGCACAAAUUGACUAAAAAAGCUUUAUGUGAUUAUUGUAUA